AUGUGGGCUGAGUCGGAUUGCAAGAGCUGGCUCGACAGCAAGCCUAAACACUAUGUUUUGUACGUCUCCUUUGGAAGCUACGCCCAUGUUUCCAAAGCUCAAAUUCAUGAAAUGGCCAUGGGUUUGUUGCACAGCAAGCGGCCCUUCCUCUGGGUUCUCCGUCCUGAUAUAGUUGCCUCUGACGUGCAAGACAUACUGCCGGAAAGGUUUAUGGUACAACAAAGAGCAAGGCUCAUUGUCCAUGUAUGGGAGGUGGCCAUGAGUUUGGGUCAAAUUUUUAGGAGUUCUAAUAACAUGAGAUCCACUCUAGUGACCCGCCAGGAGAUUGCAGUCAUCGUAGCAGAAUUUAUGGAAAUAGAUGGACAAAAGGGGAAAAAACUUAGGAGUAAUGUUGGGAGUGUUAGAGAAGUUAUGAAGAAAGCAGCGAUGAAUGGAGGUUCGUCUCAAAACAAUUUGGAAGGAUUAUAG